AUGGCGGCCGCCUCCUGGCUCAGCGGGGCCCUGUCUGCCAUCCUGCAUACUUCCGCCACCUUCUCGGUUCCCUUGGGAGGGCCCAGUGUGAUCCACCAACUCUUCUGUGAGAUUCCCCAGAUCAUAAGACUCUCCGAUUCCAGUGGGAAGAUUUGGGAGCUCAUAGCAACCGCCUUUUCUGCAAAUCUGGCUUUAAUCUGUUUUGUCUCUAUUGUCGUCUCCUAUGUACGAUUCUUCGCGGCCGUGCUGAAGAUGCCAUCUGAAGAGAGUCGAUCCAAAGCCUUCUCCACCCGCCUGCCACACCUCCUCGUCGUCAGUUUGUUUGUCUCUACCGGUGACGCUGCCUAUCUCAAGCCCGUGUCUGACUCCCCCUCAGCGCUGGAUCUGCUGGUGUCCAUUUUCUACAGCGUGCUUCCCCCCGAGAUCAAAACGCCUCCGGUCGCACGGCCCCCAAUCAACGUGUCCGCGACGUGGCUGAGGCUCAGCUCCACCAUCCCCGAUUCUACCUUCCUGCAGAAGAAGUCAGGGGAGCCAGUGCCGAUGACCAGCUGCGCUGUGUACGUCAGGGUCUCCCGGACGGUGAGGUAG